AUGAACAGAAAUGUAAACUUACCUAUUAUUUCCAGCCCAAUGAUAGGCAUAGCAGAAUUCAAACACAUCGAAUAUUUCGAUGGAUCCAAGGUUCCAGCCUGUCACACACUAGCCAACACGUUUUGGUCUGCCCUCUACUUCCUCAGCAGCAUCCUCCUUUUCUUCAUUGUUCCUUUGAUCAUCCUCGUGGUGUUGUACUUCAUCAUAGCAAAAAAUCUCAUCUCUAAUGCAGCUACGUUAGUUUUGAACAAGCACAUAGAUAAUUAUUCUAUUAGAGCAAGGAGACAAGUGAUUUUGAUGUUGGGAACGGUAGUUUUAAGUUUUUUUCUUUGCUUGAUACCGUUUAGAAUUUUUAUUUUUUGGAUUAUUGUAGCACCGGAAGAAAAUAUUCUCAGACUAGGCGUUGAGAAGUAUUACAAUAUUUUAUAUUUCUGUAGAAUAAUGGUUUAUCUAAACUCAGCAGUGAAUCCGAUACUCUAUAAUUUGAUGAGCUCCAAAUUCAGACACGGCUUUGUCAUUUGUUCAGAUACCAAAAGAAAAGUAUUUCGGAGAUCCAGAAAUGGUACAUCCAGUACCACUGCUACUAGGAGUAGCAGUACCUUCAGAAGUAGCCAUGACAGUUAUAAUUACAGGGUUUGUUAUAGACCACGAAAUAAUUCAAGCUUAAUGAAAAGUUUCAGUGAGUCUCCUGACUCUAACAGAAGCACUGACUCACAUUCAAUUAUACUGAAGGAAUUGUCUUCAAAAACCGCGUGUUCUCUCAAAACUACUAGUAUAGACGAAGAAUAUGACGAUUUUGAUGUCGGAAAUACUAGGGAUCAUGCUAAUUUCAAUGUGCUUACAGACAACGCUUUAAUUUUCCAGGAAGGCACAGAUUUUAAAAAAUGUUUUCAUAGUAAAUGUUAUGACAAUACUGAGGAACAAAUCGAUCUUCAUGAAAAAUUCAUGAAACUUGAUCGAAAGCAAGACGAAGAAAGUUUUGUUUAGACUGGAUUGAAGUUUUGGAUCCUGGCGAGAUUUAACACACUAUUUGGUCUAAUACUUCUGGUUCGGAAGAAAUUGGUUCAUCCUAACUAUUUAUUUGUUAUCCCAUACUGAAAACUGAUCCAACGAUUAUUGCAAGAAAUAUACAGAGUGUCAAAUCGAAAACUUUCCCUCUUUGUUAUCUACCUUGCAAAAAAAUUAUAUGAAAAAUACAUAAACCAUCAGUAAUCAAAGUCAAAAAAGAUGAAUAGCAGUUGCUUGCUUGGAGGCUGACAAAUUUCAAUUAAAAUUGCUAUAACAUCUCCCACUACGAAGACGCCAUCUUUGGGAUCAACAGUCAAGGAGAGUCAAAGAUGAACUUGGCUUCCCAAGACAAUUAGUUUCACUUCAGCUUUGAUUGCAAGGCGACUAGUUGGAAACAAUGGUAAAAAACAAAUUUAUUGCUGUCCUUGAAGAACAAGCUUGUGAAAGUAAAGUCGCUGACAUCUUCCUAAGGGGAGAUGCCACUCAUGGGACCAACUAGUUACCUCGCAAGAAAACUAGUGAGAGACAUAGGAUAUAAGUCUUUCGCCGAUCGAUGUCGCAGCUUGGCUUUGCACCAAACUUUCUUAAAGAGUCUCGUUCAUCUUUGAUAACAGUAGGUUGAAUCUUCUGUCGAUAUCAUAGAUGUCUUCUUCGUUAGGAGAUAUGCCAUUGCCUUUACUUUCUCAAGCUUGUAGCGUCUAAAAAUGCAUCAAUAAUUCAGCCUACUAUUACUGAUGAGGUCUAUGGUGAGUUGAAAUAGCACUGUCUUGUGUUGGGUCACGGUUGCUCCAUCUUCAGACUCUUCUGAAAAAAUACUAUGUUGAGUCUCCUUUCAAUAAAAGUUCAUCAAAUGAGAGAUUUUCAAUUCUUAUUUGAAUUGGAGUGUGUUCGAGAACGGCAACGUUUCUUUUGAAUUUCAGAAUUCUAAAUCCUGGAGUUAGAUACGUUUUUAAUUUGGUUACAAAAUUUUUUCAAAUACUGAUAGUACGACAAAUAUAAUGAAAAACAUUCGAAAGUAUUCAUUGUAGAAUAUACUAGCUCCCAACACAAACAGUAGCAUGACAAAAAACAAAUACAGAACGGCCACAAAAAAAAUUUAUUUGAAUUAGUACCCUUGAAUAUAGUGCUCCACACUGUUGAUAUUUCUGGUUUGAUGGAUUGAUAGAAUAGGAGCAACUAAAUUAUCUUCAAUAUCAUUAGAUCAAACUUCUUCAGAAGACAUCAGUUAUUCAUAAGAGACCGGUCAAUUCCUGUUGAAAUGUUUAUGAAUGUUAUAUGGAGGAUACGAAAAAGUCUAUGUGAGUGAAGUGGUCUCAAGAAUUUUUUUUCAAAUCAUCAACUCAUGCCAUAUAUAUCAAAUUCUCCAUCUGGUGUACCCGAAGAGUGAAAGAGUAGAACCGCUUUUUCUGAGAUUAUUUGUAAAUGAUAUAUUCCCUUUCAAAAAUCAUUUUUGCUGAUGUUAUAAAACUUCAUAGGAAACUCACUCCUUUCCAAGAACAGUUUUCCCCAUAGCCUACGAAUACACCAACAAUAGUGGCUCAUUGCAGAAAGUAGUAGACCUUGACAGCGAAUUGACAUGCAUGCAAUACCUAUAUCGACAAAAUGAUAUCAAAUAUUAUAUAACAGAUCUUCGGGAUUUCCUGAACGCACAAAACACAAAAUCACAAAUCCGAAGUUAUCGUUUGUCUUUCUUUGUUUAGUGUGCAGCAAACUAGAAUAUUUUAGUUCAAUAUUAAACACAAGUUGUAACAAAUACAUGGGGAUGCCACAUUUGUUAAAAGAAAAUUAUAUUUGUAAAUUUAUUCAUUUCGUGAAACACAAAAUUCACCUGGACAUAAGUAUGAUUAUAAUUCUCUACUAGUACAUUUUAGACUAAUCAGCUUGAGAAAGCGAAGAGAAAUGGCAGAAAUAAUAUUCGUUCCCAAAUAUUCAACAAUCACUUCUCAUCAUCCUUACUAUCCUUCUUAAAUUGUAACUUACCAGGUGUUACAUCGAGAUCAUAACUUGUCUUCAACUUCUAUAGUUCCAUCUCUUGAAUGUGUAGACAAAUUAAUACUAUUCACUAGCACUAGCACUAGCACUAGCAUUUUUACAAUAAAUUGUAUUCAAAACGCGUUUCGCUACACUGUAGCUUCAUCAGUUAAUGAUGUCAUACCAUGGGGAAUAAACUUAUAUUUCAAAACUAUGUCGACUUGUCACAGCUUUUUGAUUUUUCAGAAAUUUUCCUGGAAGAAAGAUAUUAAAGACGGAAAGUUUUCAUUUAAACAUUCUGUAUGAAAAGUAGGUGUAUAUUUGCAUAGAAAUUCACUAAUUUAGGAUUAUCGUAGUAGUAGUGAAUCUUGCCGCUUCCAUUUCAAAUG